CUACACAAGUGCUGCCCUAAAUAUAAGAAGAAAAAAAAAGAAACAUCCCUUCCAUAGUCCCUCUCCCUCCCUCCUCGCUCUUUUCCGUGCUGUGUGUGUGUGUGUGGCGGACACUAGUGAGAUGGGGAGCUCGUCCAAUGGCAUCCAGUCCGCCGCCGCACGCAGCCGUGGCGACGGAGGCGCCGCCGUGGUGGACAAGGGCGUCGAUUUUGCAAAUUAUUUCUGCACAUACGGCUUUCUCUACCACCAGAAGGACAUGCUCACUGACCGCGUUCGGAUGGACUCCUACUACAACGCUGUUUUCCAGAACAAGCAUCACUUUUCUGGAAAGGUUGUGUUGGAUGUAGGAACAGGGAGUGGUAUUCUAGCAAUAUGGUCUGCGCAAGCAGGUGCGAGGAAAGUCUAUGCAGUGGAAGCCACCAAGAUGGCAGACCACGCUCGUGAACUUAUUAAAGCAAAUAACCUUGAGACAGUUAUUGAAGUUAUUGAGGGUUCAAUGGAAGAUGUUCAACUGCCGGAGAAGGUUGAUGUGAUCAUUUCUGAAUGGAUGGGAUACUUUCUUCUUCGGGAGUCAAUGUUUGACUCUGUAAUUUUUGCCCGUGAUCGAUGGCUCAAGCCAAAUGGAGUCAUGUAUCCAAGCCAUGCUAGGAUGUGGGUGGCACCUAUACGGUCUGGACUAGUAGAUCAAAAGAAAUGUGAUUGUGAUGCAGCCAUGGAUGAGUGGAAUGAAUUUGUGAAUGAUACUAAGGAUUAUUACGGUGUUGAUAUGGGUGUUUUAACAAAACCUUAUUUGGAAGAGCAGAAGAAAUUCUAUUUACAGACAUCACUCUGGGGCAACCUUAAACCGAAUCAAGUGAUAGGACAGCCUGCUAUGAUAAAGGAAAUUGAUUGUUUGGCGACAACUGUUAAAGACAUUGUCAACAUCCGCUCGAGUUUUUCUUUGCCGAUUACUGCUGAAAAUCCCAGGCUUUGCGGGUUUGGUGGGUGGUUCGACGUGCACUUUAAAGGGCGUGUUGACAAUCCAGUUAAACAGGAGGUUGAGCUAACAACUGCUCCUAGCAAAGAAUUUGAUACGCAUUGGGGUCAACAGGUGUUUCUAUUGCAUCCUCCCAAACAUGUUACCAAAGGGGACACUAUGAUCAUCAAUUUUGGCAUGAACCGCUCUAGCCAAAACCACCGGUUGCUGGAAGUCAACUUUGAUUGUGAGAUUAAACACUCUUCCGGGGAAUCCAGCCCCCCAUUCAACACAAAAAUUUACAUAGAAUGAGCACAAGAGCUUGGCAAGUUUCUUGGAGGGGACGGUCGUCGUGUUGUUUUUUUGUUUGCUCAAGUCAAUGGAAACUUUGUUUUUUGCUAAUGCCCUAAACCUGUUGUAUGCUUAUAAUAGAGUUGGGGGGAAAAUGCUUUCUAUUUCUGGAAGCAUAAUAGCUUUGCCUUUUUUUUAAUGGUCAAGAUGACAUUCAUUUUUGCAAAAGGAACCAAUAAUUAUGAUUUUUUCGAGUAAUGUAAGUUACUAAGUUGUAACACUAACGUUUUGUUAUCUAAUUUUGUACUCCUGAGUAUCCAGUAUUUUUAGUUGGACAAUUAUUUACACCAUGUUUGGGAAGCGUAAUAGAUAUGUUUGAUAAGG